UCGAUCGAUAGCAGCUAGCAGAGGCAGCAAGUAGCUAGCUAGCCAUGACGAACGGGUACCUUUUCCGGGAGUACAUCGGCGCGCAGUUCACCGGAGUUCGCUUCUCCGACGUGCCCAUCAACCCCAACCUCAGCUUCAACUUCAUCCUCUCCUUCGCCAUCGACUACACGUCGCCGGCUGGCGGCGCCACGCCGGCGCCGACCAACGGCGUGUUCGCGCCGUACUGGGACACGGACAACCUGUCCCCGGCCGACGUCGCCGCCGUCAAGGCGGCCCACCCGAACGUCAGCGUCAUGGUCGGGCUCGGCGGCGACAGCGUGCAGGAGGCCGCCAAGGUGUUCUUCUCGCCGGCCUCCGUCGACUCCUGGGUGGCCAACGCCGUCGCGUCCGUCUCCGGCAUCAUCAGCGCCUACGGCCUCGACGGCGUCGACGUCGACUACGAGCACUUCAACGACGACGGCACCUCGGGCCCCGGCGUGGCCGCGUUCGUGGAGUGCGUCGGCCGCCUUCUCACCGAGCUCAAGGCGAGGCACCCCAACAUCACCACCUCCAUCGCGCCGUUCGAGGACCCCGUGGUGCAGCGCUACUACCAGCCGCUGUGGCGGCGCUACUCCGGCGUGAUCGACCACGUGAACUUCCAGUUCUACGGCUACGGCGACAACACCGACGUGCCGACGUACGUGCAGUUCUACGACCAGCAGGCGGCCAACUACCCCGGCGGCAGGGUGCUCGCCAGCUUCAAGACCGGCGACGUGGCCGGGCUGCUCUCGCCGGAGCAGGGGAUCGCCGGCGCGAAGGAGCUGCAGCGGCAGGGGAAGCUGCCGGGGCUGUUCAUCUGGUCGGCGGACAGCUCCAAGGCCAGCAGCUACGGCUUCGAGUACGAGACCAGGGCGCAGGAGAUCAUCGCCAACCAUUGAUCUCUCAUCGGACGGUCAGGGUAUUGAGGUGGUUGGAUUUGCUACGAAUAAGCGGAUAUAUAUGUGCACGGUGCAGUUUCCGAAGAGCACGCAUGGUGUUC